GGGGCAUUUCUCAUUUGUGCCUCUGCCUGGUAGACAUGAGUGGCUUUUACUUGGAGGCCUCACCUGAGGAGAGAGAUUCCAGAAUGAGACAGAAGAGGGUUGGCUCAGGGGCUCAUGUGCGGCUCAGCACAGAGUGAGAAAUUGAGGUACGGGGACGAGCCAAUGCAAAUACCUCGUGGAGUUGGACCGUGAUAGCCAUCCUGUCUCCUCAGAGGGUCUUAAGCACCAAAGAGCUGGUGGUAGAAACCACUGCCCAAAACACCCUUGACCUCACGUAAAACACCGCGCCCACAGACCCCCACACAACAUCGAGUCAGUUGACCACUGUUUCUCAGCCCCGCUCUGCUGACAUUACCUGUGGACUUUGCCCUGUGCCCAGUGUCUUCGCCAGGCCCGUGCCAGCUGGUAAUCCAGGGAGCGCUGUCUCACCCCCCGUGAUUUCUAGAACAAGCUUUGGUCAGAGCACAGUUUUGACGUGAGCGGGGCUCCUGCUGCCUGGUACUCCUGUAAUUUCCUUAAAUCUCAUUCGUCUCCAUCUGGAACGCGAGAGUGAGCAUAUCGCUGUGGGUUAUUGCAAGACCUGGACCGCAGUGUCCACAGCAUGGUACACGCCAGACACGCUGCACCGUUGCGGUGUGGACUGACCUUUGGGAGUGCUUUUACAAAGCCGCAGGCCCUAAUCGUAAGUGGCUGCUCGAGGACUAAAUCCUCUGCUGCACGUGACACGCCCUGGUUUUGCUGCCCAGGCCGCCACCGGCCUUGCCCUCCCUCCCCGAGCACCCACCUCUUGGAGUGAAUUCCUGGGUCGUCAGGGCUGCUGUGUGCCCUCUGCGCGGGCACACGCUCCCAGCUGGCAGUCCGGACCCUGAUGGUGCCAUGAGACUGUGUUACCUCUGUGCAUAAAGGAAGAAGGAGCCUGCUUUUCAAGCUUAAUAAAGAAGCAUCAUAACUGCUUACGCCCUUCGGAAAACAGAGACGUGAAUAGAGAUGUUAUCGCCAUGGCAACCAAUCACUGAGGGAGGCGGCCGCUCGGCGCCGUGGCCUUCGAGGGGUUAUGGGUACACGUGCUGGCGAAACAGCCAUCACCGGAGUCGCCGGGAGCACGUCCACCGCUUCCACGGCCACAUGCGGUCCUGGAGCGCGGGAGGGCCCAGUUUCCCCGGGUCUCGCCGGCCCGGGAGGGAGGGUGGGCUCCUGGGGUGCAAUCACCAGGCUGUUCCCUCAAGCCACUGUGGUUUUGGAGUCGGACACUUAGAAGCAGCUUGCCCUGAGACAGCGGGCCUGGGGGGCUUGGAGCCCACGCUGCAGCCUCGCGUCGAGGUGCGCACACCCCUGCCAGAGUGACCGCCAGCCCGUGUCCCCGAGACCGCCCGCGGCCAGCAGGGUAGCCGCCCGUGCCUUGCCUGGCGGGACAGUUUGCUUUCUGUGCGCUUGUAAAGCUCCUGUCGUGACCCGAGAAGGGGCUCGGAGGACGGCCUCGGAGGCAGAGUUGGGAGUGGGGACAGCGUGGCCCGAGGGGGUGGCUGGUGCUUCCCUAGCACUCCCGCGCACCCCGCAUCGCUCGCUUAGCGUAGUCUGGCAGCAACUGCAUCUUCAAAGAAACGCCCUCUGCGAGAUUCCCGCAGACUUCUUCCAGUCGCUGCCAAACCUCGCGUGGCUGGACUUCCGCUGCAACAGCAUCAGAGCUCUUCCUUCUGGGAUCGGGUCUCACAAGCAUUUGAAAACUUUGCUUUUAGAAAGAAAUCCUAUCAAAAUGUUACCUGUGGAGCUGGGAACUUUACUGUCACAUCGGUUUCCACGCGGCACCCGGUGCUCCUCCCAACAGGUGCCCUCCUCACUGCCCAUCCCCCACCCAGGACCCUCCUUUUGAACCGUCUCUAAGUUGAAUCCUCCCGAUGAGCUGUCCCGGCGACUUGCAGUUUGGGCUCAGCACUGCGGUCUUGGGGUGGAUCUGCAGGGACACGUAUGAGGGCGGCGCCUUCACUUUGAUUCACUCUCCUUGCUGUGAAUGACGAGGAGGAGGAAGCAGAAGACGAUGUUCUCCUUUCCGCACCUGUUUCGUCUCGUCUCGUCUCAUACUUCUGCUCUUUACUGUCUUUGUUUCUUUAGGUUUAACUUGCUGUUCUUUCUCUAACCUGUUGAGUUGGAGGCUUAGAUCACUGGUUUUCAACCUUUCUUUUCCAACCUAUGCUGUGACAACUGUGAUUUCCCCCAAGUGCUGCCGUGGCUGCUCCCACGAGCCCCAAAACGCGGCAUCUCCGGGUGGUUUCCGACGUGAACCUUGUCAGGUGUUUACUGGCCAUUCAGGACGGACUAGUGCGGCCGCGGCCACCUUCUUCUGUCUACUCUUUGCGUGACGUGUUUUUCCACUCUCUUGCUUCGAACCUCUCCGUUGCACGCAGCCUCUCCGUUGCACGGCUGGUAGGCAGUACGUAGCGGGGUCUGGCCCUUCCGUCCAGUCAGACUGUCUCUGCCUUUUAAUGGAAGCGGUUAGACGGGUUAAUUUAAUAUAAUCAUUGACGUGAACGGACUGAGGGCCGUCGCUUUACUCUUUGCUGUUUGUCCCAAUGCUUUUUUUCUGUUCCGAUAUCUGCAUGUUGACCGGGUGUCACUUAGACGUCUCUUCUAACUUCUAUAUUGACUUUUUAGUUAUUCUUCUUAACAUGCCUUUACCGUCUCACGGUUGCUGUCGGGGUUACGCCGCGCAUGCUUCGAGCCAGCGCUGUCCUGUGUCACCGCCUGAUGUCACCGCCUGGUAGCCCUACCGGCCUGCUCUCUCCGGUCCUCCUUGUGCUCAGCCCGUCCUGCAGAUGAGCUCUCCCUAUGUUGUAAACCUGCAACACAGACUGACAGUUUCGGCUUUCAGCAGUCACGUAUUUUUAGAGAAACUAAGAGAAAAAAGGAACGUGACCACACUGAGAGCCUUGAACCUGAGACACUGCCCCCUGGAGUUCCCCGCCCCCCUCGUCGUGCAGAAGGGACUGGGUGCCAUCCUGGCCUUCCUGCAGGCCUGCGCCAUGCAGCGACCUCCUCCCCGAGGGUCAGCUUCUCCAGAGCGUGUGGCCGACAAAGACGCUGUUAAUUCUCAGGAUCGAAGGAGGAGGUUAAAAGAAAAGGCAGACUUUCUCCCUCCUGUUGAAAAGCUAGACCUGACUGAGCUGGGCAAGUCCACUGCCUCCCCAGAAGACUGGCCGGGCGAGGAGGAAAUCAGGCGCUUUUGGAGGCUGAGGCAGGAGAUUGUCGAGAAGGAGCGGGAAAAAGUGCUUGCAAAGCAGCUCUUACCGGCAGAGUUACCUGCAAACCUCAAGGCGGCUCUGAACACGAAGGAGAAAGAACAUUCCGGCUCCAGACACGCUCUCAGCGCGUGCCGUCCGCAGGGGAGUGUUCACCGCGGGGUCUGUGACGGUAGAAGGAAGAUGUCCUCCCUCGGGAGCGUCCUGCCGGCCCUGGCGCCACGGCAGCGAGCGGGGCUUCCCGCCAGGAGAGCGGAGGACAGCGGGGCCUUGGCCCCCAGGGAGCAGCGCGUAAGAGACGAAGGAGCGCCGCGGGAGUGGCGGGAGCGAGCCCGGACCCGGAGGACAGCGGAGGCGGCCCUGGGCAAGCCCCUGCCUCCCCAGAGGAGUCUGGUACAAGGACGCCAGCGGGAGGGGUCUCAUCCCGUCCGGGGGCCACGGUGCCCGCUGCAGAGGUGGAGCCUGCGGCCCGCUGACAGACCUAUUUCCUCUCAUACACUUACAGUGUUCCUUUACCGUGAGAGCCACAUCAGAGCCACAGCAACUCGGGAGGAAGCGGCGCCUCCCGCCUCCUCUCGCCGUGUGGCCUCCCCGGGCGGGCUGCCCUCCGCUCCCUGCCCGGCACGCACGCCUGCCUGCGUCAUAGGCGACGUGCUACGUCCUCCCAUCCCGUCUUCUCUGUCACCACUCGCAUUUUUGCAAACACGUAAGCAUCCAAGAUUCGUGUGCCGUCGCUUCAGGAACAGGGCGACUUGCACACUCACACCUUCUCGAGGAAGCCGUCCGAGCUCGAUCACAGCAGCGCAGUGGAAACAACCGGCAUGCCAGGAGAUGGGUGGCUACCUGCGAGACCCCAUGGGGCCGGGGGUGACGGGCGCGUCUUAUUACCGUAGGGAGCGCUGGGAGCCGGCCUCAGCUGAUGCUGACGGGUGACUCAGGGUGGGGCCUCGCCACGCGGCUGGUCCCCAGAAAGACCGCCUGAGCGCGGCCUGCAGCUUUCAGCCCCAUCCCAACGGCCCCGCAGGUGCGGGAGGGUGGCGCCCAGAGAGGAUGUGCAGCUCCUCACGCUUCCCCACGCCUGUCCCGUGCGCCCCCACCCUUUCCUGUGAGCCCCCUGCCUGUCCCGUGCACCCCCCGCCUGUCCUGUGUGCCCCCUCACCUGUCCCAUGUGCCCCCCCGCCUGUCCCAUGCGGCCCCCCUUCCUGUCCCGCGAGGCCCCCCCACCGCCUGUCCCGGGUGCUCCUCCGCCUGUUCCAUGUGCCCCCACCGCCUGUCUCAUGCGGCCCCCGCCUGUCCCGUGAACCCCCCCCCCGCCUGUCCCAUGUGGGCCCCUCCCCCCACCUGUCCCAUGUGGCCCCAUGAAUCUUCCAUGAGCCCCCCCCCCCGCCCCCGUCUCAUCGCGUGUGGCCCCGCGAAUCGUCCGUGUGGCAGUUCCUGCAGCUGCUCCCAGGCUGCAGCCUCCGCUGUGCCCUGAGCUCUGUGAGCUGCUCUAGCGCGUGACUGACCCUGAGGGGCUGUGGGAGGCCUGGCUGGGAGCCGGUCAGCUGGCGGUGAGGGGCAGCUUGGACUCAGGGCGGCCAUGAGGACGUGAGGAGACCCGGUGGUGUCGGCUGCAGGUGGAGGAGAAUUGCCACCCUUGUGGGAAACCCCCCAGCCAUUGACCUUGGGACAGGGUCCUUCCAGGGGCGAACACCCUGCCCAAGGGGCUCGGCGGGAAGCCACGCUGUGCCGGAGGCUGGGAGGGGACGGCAGCCAUCCACGCCACAUCCUGCUUCUUCCUCUGUUGCAGAGGAUGCCCUCGCCUCCCUGAGGCCUACGAGGUGCGUAAAACAUUUCUGGGACUUUCUGAACAUGCAGGAAGGAUGUUGUGAGGCUGGGUGUCCCCGCGGAGUCAGGUCUCGGUCUUCUGCAGAUGCUUCACCCUCACCACCCCCCACCCCGACCCCCCAGCCGAGCGUAUGAAAGCAAACCCACACGGCGUCCUUGACCUACAGCCAGUUAACGUGCCGUCGAAGGAUCAGGACUCUUAGCGGGACCGUGAUGUAGGACUGCCGGAAAACAAUUAGGAAACCAGUGCUUACAGCCCCACGGCCGCCGUGCCCAGCACUCCUGUGCGCGGCCAGACCAGGCUCGGCUUGUCCCCUGCCUCCCGGAGCGCCAGCUCCUGGCCCAGGGCCUGUGCCCCAUUGUCACCCAGGCCCCCUGGAAACGCCACUCUGCAAGUGCCCAGCCGUCCCUUCCCGGCCGGCCCCUGGCUUCCCAGCUCUGCUGCGGAGGGGUGCUAGGCUCUGCCGCGGGGUCGGGGCAUCCCAGCCCUCCCCUCUCCCGCCCACGCACCCCUUCCCACCCGCUCUUGCAAAGCUUGACUACUCCCCUGGCCUCUGCCGUUCAGUCAGCAGGUGACCACGAGGAGAAAAGAGAGGCCACCAGGCGGGCAUGCACAGGCUCUGCCGUCUCCUCCCCUGGGCCUCUGCCAGUGCCCCCUCUGUGGCCCCAGUUCUGUUGCUCCCGGCCUCCCAGCGCUUUGCUGUGGCGCACGGACCCCUUCCCUCGGCUGGUCCCGGCACCAUUGCCCAGGCCCACCCGUGGUGCUGCCCCGCUCCUGGACGGCAGGUGCCCUGUUUCCCCUGCAGCUCCUCUCCUCGCGAGCAUCCUCCCUGACCCCAUGAGAAGCUGCUUGUGUCCUGCCACCUUCCUCGGGUCAGGCGUCCCCAAGGCUGGCUCUGUCCCCAGGAGCCGGGCCUCAUCAUCUCUGGGUCUCUCCAGCAGAUGGUCACAAGCAGUCCUUUGACACUGUGUCCUCACAGCUCACGGGCACCAGCCUCCGUGUCUGUGUCUCCUGACCGCCCUCCUCACCCUGUUGUACCUCGCCCCCAGUGCCCUCCGGAGCCUCCUUGUCAUCCUACCUAGACCCUCCUCUUUGCCACAGGGCCUUUGCACAGGCAUCUCCUCCCCUUGCCCGCUGGGCCCCCACUCUUCCGUGGGUCCUCAAAGCGUGUGUGGCCACUCUGGAAGGUUCCCCUUGCUCCUAGACCUGCACAGGCUCCUGGGGUCCCAGCCCCCUGCUGGCCAGGAAUGUGCCGGUGCCAUCCUCCCCCCAACCAGGCUUCCAACUCGGCCAGGCUCUGGCUUCUCGGGCCGGACACACGGGAUCCGUGGUCGCUUGUGCCAGGUGUCGCCUGUUGCCGUCUCCCCGGCUCCCCCUCAGCCCGCCCUGCAGGAUGCUGAUCGGGGCGGGCCCGGCAGGGGGCUCCCAGUGGCGGGCUCAGGGCUGCCGGGGUGGGGUGGGGGGUGCCCGAGUCAGGCUGGACUCUUCCUGUGUCCGGGCCCUGAGUGUACGCGGCCCCACAGCAGCGCUCCUGUCCCGUUGGCGCCCGGGUCCGGGGUGCACCCGCCCCCUGCCGGCUGCAGGGACCCUCUCCCCGCCUCUCCCCACAUGGCACGAGCGGGUUGUCAAGACCAGGAGACCGCUGAGCCUGCUGGGGCUGCCGGCUCCCGGCCCCGUUGGCGGAGCUGUAUUUAAGCGCCACUAACAGUGGAGGCUGGCGACUGGCGCUGCGUGGAAGCCUUCCUUCUGUCAGAUGGGGGUGAAAUCCACACGUCACGUAAAACGUGUGAACUGUUUUCAGGUGUCCAGUUGAGGAGCACCCAGCACGCUCACCCCACGCACAGCCACCCCCCCCCCCCGCUCUGUCCCCAGGACUCUCCGGUCCCCCCAAAAGGAAGGCCUGUCCCCAUCAGACACCAGGUCCCCGUCCCCUCCCCUGCCCCCUCGGUCUGUCUGCCCUCUGUGAACAUGACGGCUCCGGGGACCUUGAGAGGGUGGGGUCACACCGGGCCUGUCCUUUUGCGUCCGGCUUCUGUCACCGGGCAUCGCGACCUCGGGGCUCCUCCGCGCGUGGCAGGCAUCUCCCUCCCGCGAGGCCGUGUGGACGGACCGCUGCGUUUACCCGCUCAUCCACAGUGGACACUCGGGUCCCUUCCACCCGCGGGCUCCUGUGAAUCUGCUGCCGUGGACACGGGGGUGCCUGUCUGAGACCCCGCUUUCAGUUUGGGGGGGCGCCCAGAAGGGGAAUCGCUGGAGCUAGCUUCUGUUUGUACACGGUUUACUCUAGUGGGCAAUGUGACGUCCACAACACUCUGCAAGAAGAGGAAGGUUAUCCUGUUCUGUAUAAUCUGUGAACCACACGGACAUACUGUGCAUAGUCGCUGUUGUAUUUUGUAGCAUAGAAACUUAAAAAUAUUUGUAUGAUCUGGAGUGGCAAAAAGCCUCACAAAUCAAAUAGGAAAUACAGAAUUUUUGGAACUACA